GACGCUGUUGCCAGAGCCGUAUACUCGCUGUUAUUAUCUCACUGACAUCUGUUGAAACAUGAAGUACGUCGGGCUGCUCUUGGUGGCCGUCCUGGGCGCGCUGUCCGCCACCGACGGUGCCAACAUCCUCGGCGUGUUCCCCAUCAACGGCCGCAGCCACUGGGUGGUGUACGAGAGCCUGAUGAAGGCCCUGGCGGCGCGCGGCCACAACGUGACGGUGAUCACGGCUUUCCCGCAGAAAUCGCCGCUGGCCAACUACACGGACAUCGACGUGUCUGGGACGUUGCCGUCUGCGGUGAACACGGUCGGUAUCGAUAUGGUGCUCAAAUACCUGGCCAGCGUGUUCGCUAACCAAUGGUUCAUCGCUGACCAUCAAAUGAACAUCUGUCGGAAGACACAGAAGCUGCCCCAGGUGCAAGCGCUACUCCAAAGCGACAUCAAGUUCGAUGCGGUUUUCACAGAAAUAUUUGGAGCUGAUUGUGAUGUUGGAUAUGCUUACCAUUUCAAAGCACCCCUAUUGUCCAUUAUGUCCAGCUCACAUCUGCCUUGGAGCUACGACCGUGUGGGUGGCCCAGACAACCCGUCGUACAUACCAACGAUCGUAACGAGAGCCGCUGGAAAGAUGAACUUUAAAGAACGUAUGAUCAACACUUUGUACUAUAUAUACUUUAAAAUGGCGUGGAAGUAUUACAGUGAGUGGCCAGCAAAUGAACUGUUGAAAGAGAACUUUGGACCGGACACACCUCACAUCAACGAAAUAGUUUACAACACUUCUAUGGUGUUUGUCAACGGCCACUUUUCAUUGGACGGACCACGGCCUCUAGUUCCCAACAUGGUGGAGAUUGGUGGAAUACAUGUUAAAUCCCCCAGGCCCAUACCCAAGGAUAUAUUGAAGUUCAUCGAAGACUCACCGAAUGGAGUUAUGUUUUUCACGUUUGGGUCUCUUAUUCGUAUUUCUUCACUACCACCAAGUGUAUUGCAAAUGUUUAAGGAUGUAUUCGCAAAAUUACCCAUUAGAGUCUUGUGGAAAUACGAAGAAGAAAUGUCAGACAAACCUGAUAACGUGUACAUAAGCAAAUGGAUGCCUCAAAGAGACAUUUUGAGUCAUCCAAAAGUACGACUGUUUAUGACCCACGGUGGAUUGUUAGGGAUCAUAGAAGCUGUACAUUCGGGCGUACCUGUCGUAGGCAUUCCAUUUUUCUUCGAUCAACCUAGAAAUAUAUUAAAACUGGUACAACAAGGUUCGGGUAUUAUAUUGGACUAUGAAUCUCUGACGAAAGAUAUUCUAUACAACGCUAUCACAACAAUAGUUAACAAUAACAGUUACGCAAUAAAUGCGAACAAACUAGCAAAACGGUUCAAAGACAGACCAUUGAACGCAACGGAAACUGCCGUCUACUGGACGGAGUACGUAAUAAGACACAAGGGGGCGAGACACCUGAGAACCGCGGCCGUUGGAAUGCCUUGGUGGAAGUAUUACUUAGUAGACGUCAUCGGUUUUAUCUUGCUAAUAAUUUUUGUUGUAUUGUAUCUAAUUUACUUUGUGCUAAAAACUAUCUACAAGAAAUUAUUCAAAAAGACCGUACCACCCAAAAAGAAGGAAAAGAAAAAUUGAAACAUUCAAUUCGUAUAAAUUGUACCUGAAUAAAGUACAUACGGUACAUAACUGUUUAACCCUAUUUAUUUUUGUGAUACGUUUUUCUUCAACGGUUGAACGGUGUGAGUUGAAAUAGUUUCUAUCAAUAUAAGUACUUGGUGUCUGGACCAUAAUCAUAUCAAGGAUACAUAAAUAUUAUGUUACCAAAUCUGUUAAAUUAAAAUUGUAUACUAUUUAUGAGUUUUAACCAUAGUAAAAUGAUGUACCUAGGUACUAUCUUUUGAAUAAUUUUCAUUAAUACCGAUAAAUACUUACUACCGUAGUAGGUGCCUACUGUGAACAAAUUGCAUAUGUUUACUUAUCUGAAUGUUUUAAUCUUGUACACAAUUUUUAGAAUAAAAUUAUCCAUAAAAAAAAUGACUA